GACGUUGUUCCACUUCCAGAGAGGACUUCUGCAUUGUUUUGAUUCUGAGAUCCCAAUCGCCAGCAAAUUUCUGGAUUUUUAACCAAAAAGAAUAAGUUACAGUGGGCUCGUUUCCUGGAGGCUGAGGCGAUGGAAGAGCAGACAGGCUCACCUGGUAACACAGACAACAGCAGCCAGAGAAAUGAAGAGGAGAAGCCCAGGCGCAGCAGCUGGACCAAGGGUCGUAAAAGGAAGAAGCCAGUGAAGGACAGCAACGCCCCCAAGGCACCGCUGACGGGCUAUGUGCGCUUCAUGAACGACCGGCGUGAGCAGCUGAGGGCCGAGCGGCCUGACGUGCCCUUCCCAGAGAUCACCAGGAUGCUGGGCAAUGAGUGGAGCAAGCUGCCGCCGGAAGACAAGCAGCGCUACCUGGACGAGGCAGAGAGGGACAAGGAGCGCUACAUGCGUGACCUGGAGAAGUACCAGAAGACGGAGGCCUACAAGCACUUCACCCGGAAGGUGCAGGAGAAACAGAAGGUCAAGAGGCAUCGGGGAGAUGGCGGGCACCAGGUAGCCAACGAAUCUCUUCACGAGAAGGACACAGAAGGCAAGGAAAGGUCUGUGUUCGACAUUCCCAUCUUUACAGAGGAGUUCAACCACAGCAAAGCACGGGAGGCGGAGAUGCGUCAGCUGCGCAAGACCAACAUGGAGUAUGAGGAACGCAACGCGGCACUGCAGAAGCACGUGGAGAGCAUGCGCGGCGCCGUGGAGCGCCUAGAUGGCGACGUGAGGCAGGAGAGGGGACGCAACGGGCUGCUCCAGCAGCACCUGGAGACCCUGCGCCAGGCCCUGACCAGCAGCUUCUCCUCUGUGGCCCUUCCUGGUAGUGGGGAGACCCCCACCCUGGACACCAUCGACUCCUACAUGAAAAAGCUCCAUGGUAUCAUCCUGAGUAACCCGCAGGAGCACGACAACCUCAUCGGCACCGUAAGAGAGGUGGUCAACCGGCUGGACAGGUAA